AUGUUAGGAAACCUCAAUCAGCGUGGAAUUUUACGAAUUUAUUUUAUAAUCCCCACCCUUACCUUUAUAAAAACUACUAUAAAUAAUGUACAAAACUGUUAUCUUCUUAUCAGUCUGUACCGAUACUUUAUCAAGAUGAAACUUUGCUUCUGCUUAAUUAGUUUGUCGCUAUUCUGCUUUGUAUCAGCAGAUUCAGGCGAAGAAACUUCAACUUUUGAAAUAACAGGAAAUCCAGAAAAUGUCGAAGACUUCGUCUUUAAAGGAAAAGAAUUAAAAUUAAAAGGACCAAGAUUACAAAUCUCAAGUGGAAAUCAAGCUAGUGACACACAAUUCCCAUAUGUUGCUGAGUUGGCAAUUAAUACAGCUACUGGUGGAUUUUUAUGCACUGGUUCAUUGAUUGGACGUAAUUGGAUCUUGACUGCAAAGCAUUGUAUUGAAGGAAAAACAGUUACAUCAAUUCGCGCAUCUUUGGGAUCAGCAGAUCGUCAAGGCACAAGAACUCAAAUAUUAGUAAAAGCUGUUUCUUAUACAGUUUCUGCUGAUAUAGCUUUAUUCCGUCUUGAAACAAGUGCACCAAUCAGUGAUACUAUUAAAACUGUCCGUAUUCCUAAAAUCACAAGAAUAUUUUCUAAUUUUGAAAACUACGAUUUCACUGCUAUCGGAUGGGGAAUGGUUUCUCCUGGCGUAUUUUCCCGUUUCUUACAAUAUACAAACUUCAAAACACUUCCAUCUGCAAGUUGCCCACUCGUCAAUGUUGGUCAAUAUUAUUUAUGCAGUCAACCUCCUACUGGAACUUCCCAACUUUUGGGCGGUGAUUCCGGCGGUCCUGGAGUUAUUGUUGAAACUGAUGGAAUUGAAACUCAAAUUGCUGUAAAUGUCGCAUAUGUCACCUCUGGAACCAACAUUUGGCAAAAAUCAACAAGAGUUUCAAACUUCUUGGUUUGGAUUUUCACUCAAACUGGAAUCAUCUAUAUCUAA